GCAGGCCCCGCCUCCCGGCUGUGUUGUCAAACGGGCCGGGGUCUCGGAUUGGUCCAGCCGCCGGGACAACACCUGCUCGACUCCUUCAUUCAAGUGACACCAGAGCUUCCAGGGAUAUUUGAGGCACCAUCCGCGCCGUUGCCCGGCACUCGCGGCGCUGCUAACGGCCUGGUCACAUGCUCUCCGGGGAGCUACGGGAGGGCGCUGGGUAACCUCUACCCGGGCCGCGGCCGCCACCAGGAGGGAAAGGCGAGCGAGGAGGAAGAGUGGGAGGAGGGGGGGAAGCGGCGGAGGAGGAAGAGGAGGAGGAGGGGCUCACAAAGAAUCCAGGUCUCCCGGCGGGAGGUUUGCACGGAGAAGCAUGUGUGCCGAGCGGCUGGGCCGGUUCGUGACCCUGACUUUGGUGUUCGCCACCUUCGACCUGGCGCGGGGGACCGACGCCACCCACCCGCCCGAGGGGCUCCCAGACAGGGGCUCCCAGCAGAAAGGCCGCCUGUCCCUGCAGAACACAGCUGAGAUCCAGCACUGUUUGGUCAACGCUGGCGACGUGGGGUGUGGCGUGUUUGAAUGCUUCGAGAAUAAUUCUUGUGAGAUUCGAGGCUUACAUGGGAUCUGCAUGACUUUCCUGCACAACGCUGGAAAAUUUGAUGCCCAGGGCAAGUCCUUCAUCAAGGAUGCCUUGAAGUGCAAGGCCCACGCUCUGCGCCACAGGUUCGGCUGCAUAAGCCGCAAGUGCCCGGCCAUUAAGGAGAUGGUGUUCCAGCUGCAGCGGGAAUGCUACCUCAAACACGACCUGUGCUCAGCCGCCCAGGACAACAUCCGGGUCAUCGUGGAGAUGAUACACUUCAAGGACUUACUGCUGCACGAGCCCUACGUAGACCUCGUGAACCUGCUUCUGACCUGUGGGGAAGAGGUGAAGGAGGCCGUCACCCACAGCGUCCAGGCCCAGUGUGAGCAGAACUGGGGCGGCCUCUGCUCCAUCCUGAGCUUCUGCACCCCCACCAUCCAGAGACCCCCAACAGCGCCUCCAGAGCGCCAGCUCCAAGUGGACAGGACCAAGCUCCCCAGGGCCCACCACGGCGAAGCUGGUCCCCACCACGCAGAGCCCAGCAGUAAGGAGACCGGCCGUGGAGCCAAGGGAGAGCGAGGAAGCAGGAGCCACCCAAACGCCCACACUCGGGGCCGCACCGGCAGCCCUGGGGCCCAGGGCCCUUCCGGAAGCAGCGAGUGGGAAGACGAACAGUCCGAGUAUUCCGACAUCCGGAGGUGAAAUGACAGCGCGGCAGGUCACGAGCCUUUUUUCCUCCAUGCCGUCCAUUUUCUUAUCUAUGGACAUUCCAGAACAUUUACCAUUAAAGAGGGGGGAUGCCACACGCAGGAUUUUGUGGGGAUUGUGGACUUCGUGCAGGUGCACGCUAGCGGGAUGCACAGGUGAGGUGGAGACUCCGGGGGCAGCGAGGUCUCGGUGGUGCCUGGCCAGCGGGCACCACGCACACUUCCUCCUGCACCCUUGUCCUCUUCCUUGGGCAGAGCACUCCGUGGCAGGGCAGGUGAGGCGGGAAGGGGCAGGGUGAAGCAGCGCACCAGGGCUAGGCCGCACGCUGGGUGCUGUCUGUGGAGGGCACAGGGGCAGGAGAGAACAGUGAAAUGUCCCUGGCACUGCAGGGCAAGGGCAGAGAGCAGCCAGGAGCCCAGGGCACGCUUGGCGCCACAGUGAAAUCCAGUUUCUUGCAUGGGACCUUGUGGUUCGGAGCUGCUUGGGAGGGUGGGGGAGUGUCAUUUCCAUGUGUCGUUUCUGAGCCAUUGUUCUGUUUGGGGGACACCGUCCAAGGGAGUGGCCCCUGUGUGUUUAUAUUUUAACCACUGCUUCCAAUCUCGACUUCACUUUUUUAUUUAUCCCGUUCCAUCUACAUUAUCAGUCGUCUAAAUAAAUGGCUUUCAAACA